GUUGCAAUGCAAUGUGCUUUGUAUAAUUACACUGGCAGCCCAUGUUGGGGACAAAAAAACUAAUUCUGAUCAUAAAGUACGGUCUGUCAAAGGAGCAUGCGACUGUCUGCAAUCCUUCUGUUUCUCCAUCUGUGGGGGAAUGUAGAAGUUUCUUUCUCGCUGAAUAAUAUGUUAGCAUGUUCAACCCUCCCUGAUGUUCCUCACGCCUUUGUGUCAGACGAGACCAAAAAAGAUGAGUACCAAGAAGGAGAUGUGAUAGAUUUCACUUGUGGACCUGGUUAUACAUCAAGUCAACCGUCCAAAUAUGUAUGCACAAGAGAUGGGUGGCUGGCAGUCCGUCAGGGAAAGUGCUACUCAUGUUCACCCCUGCCAGAUGUUCCUCACGCAUUGGUGUCAGACGAGACCAAAAAAGACGAGUACCGAGAAGGAGACAUGAUAGACUUCACUUGUGAACCUGGUUAUACAUCGAGUCAAACCUCCAAAUAUGUAUGCACAAGAGAUGGAUGGAUGGCAGCGCGUCAGGGAACGUGCUAUUUGUUAACUACAAGUUGUGACCCUCCGCCUGCGGGAAGCUUCAUAGUAAAAGGUUUACCAGAAAAUGACGAACCUAUCGGUCCUGAUCACAUAAUCACAGUCAGCUGUGAUGGUCCAGGGAAACAUCUGAAUGGCAGUUCAGUGCUGAUAUGUGGUGAAGAUGGACAGUGGAAUACUCCAUUCCCUUCUUGCAUUGAAAACUGCAAAGUCGGGGAUGUACCAAGCAAUGUAUACACCAUCCCAGAUGUACGUCAACUAAGAAAAGGAGAAAAGUUAAAAUUUGGUUGCAGCAAUCGUAGACACUUUCUUCAAGGGAAUGCAGAGGUUAGAUGUUUACCAGGCGGACAAUGGAGUGAUUCCUUUCCAACGUGCGGAGGUCCUGUGGGCUGUAACAACCCACCAGCACUUGUAGAUGGAGACACUGUGACAAGUCUUAAAUACCAGUACAGUCAUGGUGAAAGGGUUCAAUACACCUGUCAGAAUUAUUACACCAUGGAGGGGAGUCCUUACAGAACCUGCAGCAAUGGUCAAUGGACUGGAGAGAUGAGAUGCCUCAAACCCUGCACUGUGAAUAAAGAAAUCAUGGACAGACACAAUAUUGUCUUAAGAUUCUCAGCAAGGGGGAAGCUGUAUUCACCACAUAAUGAAGAACUUGAGUUCAUGUGUAGCAGAGGAACAAGUCACGAUCGUGCAGCAGCCAUGCGUCAGAGAUGUGUUGAUGGUGUGAUAACACUGCCCACUUGCCAUUAAAGGUUUUUAGUCAACUGGACAUGAUAAACAUGAGCUGGCUGGGGAAACAUGUAAAUGAUAAGUAAAACAUUUCAACAGUUAUACUGAUCCAGUGGCUAUACUAUUUUGUUUGGAAAUUCUAAUAAAACAUACAGUACCAGUCUAAA